UCUCCUCACUGUAUUUUCCACUGAAUACAUCCGAUGAAGUGAGCUGUAGCUCACGAAAGCUUAUGCUCAAAUACAUUUGUUAGUCUCUAAGGUGCCACAAGUACUCCAUUUCUUUUCAUCAGAGGAGAGGGGCUAGUCUCCGCUUGAGCCCCUGGGCAGGGGGUUAGCACUUUGGUUAAAAACAGAGGCAGGGUGAUUAAGAUAAGAAAGAGCUGGUAAUUAAAUUAAGGAUCUGGAGGAGAAUACAGAAUGCGCGGAACUCAGAAGAAAUAUAGCCGAGUUCUCUGAGCCAAGAUUACAUUCGGAAAAGAGGGAGAUGUGAGGGGGAUAGGUGAGAAGAAGGGGCCAAAACCAAGUGAAGGGCUAGCAAUGGUAUCGAGAAGUUCCCACUCUACCUGUGGUAGUUAUGUGGCCCCAUCACUGUAAUAUCUGAGCGCUUCACAAUGUCUAAGCUAUUUCUUCUCACAGCCCCUCGGUGAAGUAGAACUGUGCUAUUAUCCCCAUUGUACAGAUAGGGCACAGAGGCACACACAGACUAACAGCCAGAUUUCCAAAGGUAUUUAGGCACCUACUGGUAUUUUCAAAAGCACCCAGAAAGUUAGGUGCUUUGUAAACCCCACUAGAUGCCUAGCUGCAUUUUGGGGUGCCUAAAAACCUUUGAAACACUGGCCUGAGGUCAUUCAGGAAGUCCACGGGGAAAUAGAAUCCAGGUCCCUGAGGGCUAGCUUUCUGUCCAUUGGACCAGCCUUUCUCUGCUGCAUGCUGCAAAAAAAGAGAACUCUGAUACAUGGGAGCAAAACCAAGAAGGCCAGCUCUCUGAGGCUCCCAGGCUAUUGGGAAGGAUGUCAUGGUUGACAGCAUGAAAAGCAGCACAGAGGUCAGGAAGGGUGAAGAAAGAAAGAGAAAGAAUGAGAGUCAGAUGAGAGGAGAUCAUUUAACCACCAAGGGGUUGCAGGUUCUGCCCCAUGCUGGGUUGUAGAGCAAUGGCUGCUGUGAAAUUUUAUAUUUUAACUGAAAACCAUUUUGUUUUGUCAUUUUUUGUUCGGAGUUUGGGAAAAGGAAGGAAUGAGAAAGUACUGUAUGAGUAUCAGAUGUGUUUAUGCCUCAAAUUCUUCAGGUUUCAGCUGUAUUCAGGCCAAUUCAAGAACAAAGAACAGAAAUUGCAUCAGUAGAGUCCAUAAAGUUGAUUGUUAUUGUCAUGAUUUGUAUUAUUUGUGAUAUUGUAUUAUUGUGUCAAUAGCCUCUGUUUGCCAGAAGCUGGGAAUGGGCGACAGGGGAUGCAUCACUUGAUGAUACCUGUUCUAUUCAUUCCCUCUGAAGCACCUGGCAUUGGCCACUGUCGGAAGACAGGACACUGGACUAGAUGGACCAUUGGUCUGACCCAGUAUGGCCAUUCUUAUGUUCUUAUUCACUGCCACCAUUUGCGCUCACCGUUGUUCAGAAUAUGCCAGAAAAUAUAGUCCCUGAGCCAAUGUGUAUCAAAUAAUAGCCCUGGAUAAGAUGGCUGAAGAUAGUUAAGUAUGAAGUGUAUAAUUAUUGAACACACGUUACUAUCCAUGAGUGGAGGCGCUGAUGGCAAUAGAAGUUUUACCUGAUUAAGGACUGGAAGAUUUGACCGUCCAAAUUUUUUUUUUCAAGAGGAAGAGCUGCCCAGAGCUCCUGUGCCUGUUUAUUUUCCUUUCCUGCCUGCAGUGGCCCUGAUAUACCUCAGAAGAACUUUAAAAUGUGGAAUUUUCUUGGUGUUUGGUUUUAAAUAUUCGCCUGUGAGAACUUCAACUCAGUCAUUGUGGUGUUGUUCUGAAGAGCGUUCUGGAAAGUAACUAGCCUUUAAACAGAAGUGAGCAGUGUUGCCAACUCUCAUGAUUUUGUCAUGAGUCUCAUGAUAAAUUAUUGUUUUCUUUAAAGCCCCAACUCCUGCAGUCAAGUGGAUCUGUGAUGAUUUCAGCCUUCCUUCUUAAAGAAAAAGUGAGUUUCUGGCCCUCAUGGCUGUGGAGAAAGAUUCAAAAUGUGACGCAGUGCACCCUCAAGGCUCAGGAAGUAGAAAGCAAAUAAAAAGAACACCAAAUCUGUUAUUUUUAAACACUCUCAUGAUUUUUAAGCCAAUCUCAUGAUUUUUGAUGAGCCUGACUCAUAAUUUUUGAAUAUUUGGGAUUGGCCAUACUGUGAAAGUGACUUGAAAGUGUCAGUUUCACUCCUGGUUAAAGUCAGUUUCUAGUCUAAUAUUUGUAGUGAGGUAUCACCCCUAGAGUCCCAGGCAGGUGCAGUAUAAAGUUGCGGGGCCUUUCCCUAGUAGGAUGUUUCCAAACGUUAAAUGAUCUAUUCCAAGCUUGGUGAACUGCAAAAAGUAAAUAGCCUAAAUGAUAGAAAGUAAUCUAGAUUUUUUUCUACAAUUGUUUCCAUUGUUAUAUUCAAGAGUAAGCAUAUGCUUUAAAAUUUUAAGCCUGGUCAGUGUCCCUUAAGUGACAUGACACAAGAUGUCAGAACAUGUUAGUAUUAGAGCUGAAUGGGUCUCAUAUUUAUUUAAUUUUCUUUCUGUAUAUAGGAAUUAGAUACAGUGCUCCCGUCAGCUAAUUUCUAAAUUAUUGUCUGGAAAAAAAAAAAAGUUUUCAGGUGCCUAAGUAGCCCAUGUAAUCACAGUUAAAUUUGCACCCCUCCCCCAUCCCAAAAUCUGAAAUGGUGCCCCUGCAUGAACUUCUUAAAUUCUUUUUUGAAUCCCAUUAUAGUUUUGAACUUCACAACAUCCCCUGGCAAUGAGUUCCACAAUUCUCGUCUGCUCGUUUGGCAGAUUCUCACACAGCCACCUCCGUGUCUUUUCCCACGCAGCCGCCUUGGCAUGUUACAAGCUUCCUGAGCUCAUCUGUAAGGGUCCCUACUCUAUCCACAUUCAAGUCCCUCCUAAAGACCCACCUCAGCCAUGCUGCCUAGAGGGACUUUUCUUGAUUUUUAAAUAAAAAGGGUGUAAGUUGCCUAUUGUUAUUUCCCUUCCUCAGACCUCUGUUCCUAGGUUGGGAACACUUCCUAUCAGGGACUGUCCUUGUUAAGUGUUUGGAAAGUGCCUAAUACAUAGUGGGCACCACUGCAAAUAAAUUAUGAAGAAGAAGAAGAAAUCAUCCUUGGGUCUGGUUCACUGCUGGUCUCAGAACGGGUUGGGCAUGGAACGUCUGGCUGUACUCUGAAAAGUGACUACGUCAACGUAUCAGUCACUCCACUCAGCAGGUCAGGGCAGUAUUCAGAGUCACGGCUGCUCACUUGAGUGUUUAACUUCUAAUGGGAACUGGGUGCCCAGAUCUUUCUGGGAGUUUUGAAAAUCCCACCCUUCACCUUCAAAUACUGUACAAAUUAAUUAAUCCUCACAUCCUCCAGGUGAGGUCUGUGGUAUUAGCCUCAUUGUAUAAAUGUAAGAGUGGAGGCAAAGAGAGGUUAAGGCCUUGUCUACAUGCAAAGUGGGACCAAAAUAACCAGAUGGGUUUUAAUUCACACCUUCAGGUGUUUCAGUGCAUGUCUCUGGGGGUGGACACUCUUAUAGCAGAAUCACAGGGUCCCAUAUCAGGGGGUAGCCCUGUUAGUCUGUAUCCACAGUUUCGUUGGUUAAAAAGAAAUCAGAUGACGUUUUACAGCAUCCUGUUUCUGGCUUCGGGGGGGUAGACCUCAGCAGUUCCUGCCCCCUCGCCUGUGUUCCUGCGGGCAGACCUCUUCAGGGUUAGCCCCGCCUCUGCCUCGGCGCUGUGGGUCCAACUCGGCCGGUUUUGUCUCCCUCGCAGACUCCGCCCUGUCCGCGCACAUCAGUAGCGCUAGGACCCAGGGCCGGAGCCGCGGGGGGAGUGAAACGAGCUGAGGCCGAGAGGAGCGUUUCUUGCAGCGCUCGGGAGGUGGGAAGUCGAGAUCGGGUCCGAGAGGCGCCUUGUCCGCGUCGGCCGAGCAAACUCCGAAGAGCAGAAGCGAAGCAAGGAACAGGAUGGCCACGGAGGAGGAGCAUCCAUGUGUUGACCUGAACACUAAGUAUCCUGAUGUGGUUGUAAAAGUUGGAAAAGUAAUUUUUGGUGAGACAUACAGGAAGGAAAAGAACAAACAACACAUCAAGAAGAAACAAAAAGAGAAUAUCUCCCAAGCAGCGUGUGCAUUGUUGAACUCAGGAGGAGGUUUGAUAGAGGCAGAGAUUGAAAAUGAGGGCUACAAUGAAGGAGAUGGGCUUGGGAAGGAUAUAGAAGAUUCCUUUACAGAACUUAUUCCAUCUCAGAUGUUUGCAGACUACUUUGAAAGCAUUAAGCAAAACAGCAAACUUUUAAUCUUUGUUAAAUCAUGGAGAAUUGAAGUUUCAUCUUCAUCAGAUAUUUCAUCUUCAUCUCGUAUUUGCAGCCAGAAAACAGGCUUGUACCAGAGAUGUGGCACUUCUGUUAAACUCAUGAGUUCCAGUGUUGCUGCACAAUUUUUCAAAAGGAAGAAAGAGUGUUCCAGGAGAAGAUCUGAUGAGACAGAGCAAGGAGCUGAGAGAGCCGUCCUGAAUGGUGCUGAGGAAGAACAUGACUCUAUUGAAAAUAUUUUUAAUGUACAGCACCUCACCCAUGGUGAGAAGCUGAACUUCUCUGAGUCGACACGUGUUGACUAUAAAGAGUUUGCUUCAGCAGACAACCUGAACAUCAUCCAGAAAGACAUUGAAGACAAAUUACCAAAGUACAUCUCUGCUUUUGCAAACACACAGGGGGGAUAUUUAUUUUUUGGAGUGGAUGAUGAGAGGAAAGUUGUUGGUUGUAGAAAAGAGAAUGUAACAGCCAAUCAAUUACUCAGGAUAGUAGAGCGUGGCAGGCAGAAGGUGCAGCUCGUCUUCCAUUUCUGCAGUUCUCAGCCAGAACUGAUUGUUGUCCCUAAAAUCCUGAAUGUACAGGAUAAUCAGGGAAACUUGUAUGGCUAUGUAUGUGCUGUGAAAAUUAAGCCAUUUUGUUGCGCUGUGUUUUUGCAUAAUCCCAACUCAUGGAUCGUGAAGGAUGACCGAUUUCAAAGAUUGAUGGCCGAGGACUGGAUGGACCUGAUGACAACACCUGACCCAGAGAUUUCAAAUUUAGCUGAAGUUCUGAAGACUGUGCUCAGUCUGUCAGGUGCAUCCCCACUCUCCAAACCCGUGUUUUCCAACAAAGGCCUCAUGUGUCUGUCUGAUCUGCGAAAAGCUCUGUUUCCAGUAAUUUCUAAUGGGAUAAUAUACACACCAGAAAACCUCACCAAAGGGCUGUUUUCAGAGUAUCCAGGGCUGGAGAAUUUAAUGAAAGAGCAAAUGGAAGAGCUCCACGAUUCUCAGGGACUGUUGAUAUUUUCAAGGAGCUGGGCUGUAGAUAUCGGAUUGCCAGAGAAUCAGCAAGUUGUCUGUGAAGCUCUCUUAAUAGCUGCAGGCAAACACCCAACGCUGUACUCUGUGACUCAGAAGGACUGUUCUGCGAAUAUGUUUGAAUAUGCAAGACAAACUGCUCGUGCAUUGAAACAGAAACUGGUAAAUGUUGGGGGAUACACUCAGAGAGUGUGUGUGAUUCCCCAUCUCCUACAGCUUGGAACCAAUGAAGUAGGAAAUACAGAGUUAGGUUUGCAAGUUAAGUACCCUGCUAGCUACACUGUAUCCCAGAAGGACAUACCAAAAUUACUGGACUCACUUGUGAUAAUCUUACUGGGUUUUAGGUCUUUUUUAAGUGACAGACUUGGGUGUGAGUUUUUCAAUCUCCUCACUAUUAAACAAUAUGAGAUACUUUCAAAAGAUCUCCACAAAUGCAGGAAGCUGUUUAUCUAUGGCCUGCCAGGAACUGGGAAAACAAUAGUGGCCCUGAAGAUCAUCGAGAAGAUAAGGCACAUGUUUCGCUGCCAGUCUGAUGAGAUUCUCUACAUUUGUGAGAACGCGCCGCUGAAGACGUUUGUGAGCGAAAAAGGAAUUUGCCAGGUUGUGACAAGAGUAACUUUCAUGAAGAAGAACUUUGAAAAGGUGAAACACAUAGUAGUUGAUGAAGCACAGAAUUUCCGGGAAGAGGAUGGCCGUUGGUAUAGGAAGGCUGAAUGUAUCACCCAAAGUCAUAAUGAGCCUGGUGUUUUCUGGAUCUUUUUGGACUAUUUACAGACAAGUCACCCUUUCGUAUCUGGUCUUCCACCUGCACGUCAGCAUGACCCUGUGGAAUCACUAACCCAAGUGGUCCGUAAUUCCACGGACAUAUACGACAUCAUAAAAAGUCAAAUGGAAAGGAUUGUACAAGACAAAAAAUUAGGAGCUGUACCUUAUGAGCGUUUAAAAAACUUGUUAAGUGAAGCCACAUGUGGUCACGAUGUAUCAGGUGAUUAUACCAUAAAAAGAAACUUAAAUAUGAACGAAAUAGCAAAUUAUGUGGCUAGACAAUGUUUUAACUAUUUACAAAAGGGCUACUCAGAGAAAGAGAUUGCUAUUCUGUUCAGCACAAACGACGAUAAAAAAAAAUAUGAACACAUAUUAAAAAAAGGAAUGAGGAAAUAUAGGCUGAAUCUAGUUUUCCAAGAAGCAGAUGAAAUACAGGGAAAGCAUAUUAUUCUUGACAGCAUCCGUCGCUUUUCUGGCCUAGAAAGGAGCAUUGUGUUUGGUGUCAAUCCAGUCUCUACCCAGGACAAGAUUUCUGACAACCUUUUACUCUGUGUGGCAUCCAGAGCUAAUUUACACCUCCAUUUGCUUUUUGAAAAGAUCCCCAGUGGUUACUCAGGAGUUGUUUAAUAACCCGUCUAGGGUUUGCCUACGAUUCUAGUAGUGCAGAGAGGAUGAACUAUAUUCAUGAUAUGGGUUUUGGCCAAUGGUUCCAAAUUUGCAAAAGGGAGACAUUUCACAGUUCCUAGCUAAUAAACUACCUGAGACCUGCUGAUGCACGAUAAAACAGAAAUAAAGUGACAUGGCAUGCAAUGGGCAAUUUGAACCACUGUGGGUCCUAACUACUGUUGAGAGUUUCCAUGGACUAGUGCAGCAUCUUGUUUAGACUUUGGUUGCAUGGGAAUGAACUGACAAGUGGUAGGCAACACGUUUUUGGAGUGAGUGCGGGGACUGGAAGAGUUCCUGGGUUCUAGUCCUCACCCUACCACUUCCCCAAGGCUACACUGUGCAAGUAAGUCAUUUGAGCCCGAUUUUCAGAAGUGGCUUCUGAUUUUGGAUUCCUGGGUUGUUGUUUUUUGGGUGCCCAGGGUUAGAUACCUAGGCUCCUACAUCCAUAUUUAGGCUGUUAAAGAAAUAUAACUGGAUUUUUUGAAAGGUGGUUAGCGCUCCAAACUCCACUGGACGUUAGUAGGAGCUACAGGUACUCAGCAACUCUGAAAAAGAGGAUUUUUUUAUAUUUAGGAACCAAAUGUUAGAUACCUAGCUUAGAAACGUUUGACCCUAUGGACAUGUUUUCAGAUACGUUGAUCACCCACAGCUCCUACUGAAGUUUUAGGUGCUAAGCACUUUUGAAAAUCAGGUCUUGAGUUUCGAAAGCUGGGCAUACAAAAUGAGAGGCCAGUUUUGAAAAUGUAGAACUUAGUCUCUGCCUGGUGUUGGAGAUGAUACUUACGUGUCUUCCACAGGGGUGUUGUGGCGUCUUUAAAGUUUGGGGAACUGUUUGAAAUCCUCUGGAGGGAGACAUUAGAACAUUACAAAGCAUUAAUAUUAUUGAUCAACUGGAGCAGACUUCAAAUUCAAAUAUUUUAUUUGAUGCUGCAGUUGGUUCCAAGAGCAGUUAGCUCCCAAGGUAGCCAGCCCAGAUGGAAUGCUACAAGGCAACCAGAGAACCCGGGAGGAGGAAAGUUUGGAGUGAUGUAACCUUGCAAGUUAUUUGGCAUAGGACAGGACUGCAUGGUCCAAGGAAACUUUGGUAGCCUCAGAAUAUUAGGGGUGAAAGACUAGCCCUCUUAAGUCAAUGGAACCAGGAGUUCACCCUAGGUUUGAACCUUGGAAUGAUGAACUUCAGAUGCUAUAUAAAACAUUUUUAGGGUAACCUGUGAGAGCAAACAAAGGUUUGGUUUGGUUACUCAAUGCAAACCAAACCACUUCUUACAUUUGGCUCAUAGUUCAACUUGAUUUGUAUUUAGGAAUAAGUAACUAGCAAAACUGAUUAAUUUGCACUUAUAUUUGAGCGAGGGAAAGCUUAUUCAGAUCUACUUACAUUCACUACUAACUACAAAAGUACAGCCCUGGGUCUUGGGUCUUUGCUGGGUUCUCUUUUCUUCAUUCUCAUUCAGAAUUUUGGUUCCCUCUUUAAUUCAACAUCUAUGUUCUAUAGCCAAUGGUUGCCUACAUCUUUUGGAAUUUGAUAACUGAGUUCUUUAGCAAAAUAUGUGGAAGGUUUUCUUUUUAAGAGAAGUGAGUAGGUGCCCAAGAUUUACAUCAGGCUAUGAUUAAACUCAAGGGAAGUCAUUGGCUUUAACUAGAGUCAGCCUUGAUUGGGAGUUUGCACCCAGUUUGACAGAUGUGUUAGGCUAGAUAUCCUUCUGAUCCUCAAGUAGCUACAGCUUUCAGUAAACUUUUUCCGUCUGCUUGGGCUGGGAAACUGUACCCCUUCCUUUGUGACCUCCUGCCUGGAUCACUGCAACUCACUGUACCUAGGGUGACCAUGUCUGCUUUUGCAAUACCUGCUACUGGUCUAGAAUUAUCUAGGUGGCCGUAUGGCCCUCCUGAUCCCUGGAGUGUCUGAGCAUCUGUAUGCAACAGCAGAGUCUUCUCAGCAAUUAUGCUCCACAAAGAAUUCCAGGUCAUAUUGAAAGUCUUGGUCUUAGUUUGAUAAUACCGGUUGACUGCAGCUGCCCAGAGGAGAUCAUUCCAGUGGACAGAAAGGUGGUUUCUUAGAUAAUUUUCAAAGCCAUCCAUGGAAUAGGCUCAAACGAUCAGACUUGCUGAUAGAACUUGAGAGUGGAAGAUAGAACCCCCUUGGCAGUCAGUUCACGAUCCAGUUUUCUGUGCCCCAGCCUGAAUGGAGUUUUACUCCAGGAAUGAAUUUGGCGCAGUGACUUUAUUGCCUUUUUUUGGUUUUAAGCUAUUUUGUGCUUGUCCUUAUAGGAAUGAACUAUGAGCGCAUUGUCUGGCUAGAAUUUUUGGUUGCGUUUGAAUUGGCUGCCAGCUAACUCAAACUAAAUAACAUAAUUGUAAACUCUAAUGUUGAACCUCCACAAUGCUCAGCUAGGAACAAUGUUUGUGUCCUGGGUCUAGAUUAGUUUUUACAAUGCAAUGUAUUAUUUCCAGGGUUUUCAGUUUGUGGGUCACAACCCCGUGAGGAGGGUGAGAAAAGGAGUUGACGAACAGGUUUCAUGGAGGUCACGAACUCACUCAUUUUUGCCUUCCUUUACCCAUUUUUCAAAACAAAAAAAAAAUGUUUCCAGCCUUCACCCUUGUGGAGUGUAAACAGAUUCAGUGAUGCCUGCUUGAGUCUGCGGACAGCUUAAAACAACAGUUCUAAGAGGUGUGAACUGCCCAGUUCAUCUCUUACCAAUGCCCUAUGGAUUCUGCCACUCCGAGGCCAUGGAACGUGGCAUUUUUCCAACAGGACAGAGAAUUCAGCAUUUUUGCUAAUAGCACCACUUUGCUUUCUGGUUCCCUGCUGAGAACCUGCCCGCAGCUACCUCUUGCGCUCAAACUUUCCUCUUGAGGGGCAGUUAAGUGGAUUACAGUGCCUGCUCCCCAGAUUGUUCCACGCAGCCAGGCGCCAGCAUGGCCGUCACUACCAUCCUAUUCCCCCCAGACCUGAUUUGCUUGUCUGGUGGUAAGAAAAAUAAUAAACCAGAUUCCUGAUUAUGUAGCACAUAAUUUACCAUUUUCUAUCAGACUAUUGAUUUUCUGCUUUCCUGCAGCUACGCAAUGGCUUUAUACAUACUUGGAUUCAAAUUUAGAGAACUCUACGCUAAGAUUCCAUUUGUUAAUAUGUCAGGUGUUUUCUUUCGUGGACUUAAAAUGGGUCCGUGCUAACUACAUUGCUUGUCUCAAACAUAAAGAAUCUGUCUGUAAAAUCACAUGAAAUAAAUCUUAAUUUACAAAUU